ACUGGGCACCAUGUGAGUACCACUCUGGAAUAGCAUUUAUCUUUUAUUAAAAUCUAAUAAGCAAAAUAUCAAUCAGGAAUAACUCAUAUUGUCGCACUUUAGCUCCAUUGAUUCAAAUGAGAGUCCAGCUGAAGCGUGAGAGACGGGAAAUGCAGUUGCUUUUCUAGAUGCAGGAAUUCCAUGCAAUCAAAUUAAUACAGCUUCAAUUAGCAUAUAAACAUAACAUCACGAGCAAUUGCCUGCCUGAGACGCAGUCAAGAAGAUCAGGCAGAUUCCUUCGCUGGUGGGGGCAAUGCGAUAUUAGACCAACAUGUCAAGAGAUAUUAGACCAGCUAAUACAGAUGUAAUACUGCUGAGUGGGGGCACAGCCUCAGACCAUUGUUUCUCAAAAUAAAGAACGUCUGGGCUCACCAGCGUGAAUCACGGGGUCGUUGUGUUUACUUUGGGUCAACCCGAAGAAUCUGUCAUUAUCGAUGCCAAGUCAUUCGCAGUUCCGCUGCGUUUACUUGGGGUCAACCCAUUGGAUCUCUCAUUUUUGUUGCUGAGACAUUACCAGUUCCUGUCUUUCCCCUCCAUUACUUGCAAUCAGUCCACAAAACAAUUUAUAGAGCACAGGAUCUUCGCAACCCCUUGCCAUCCUUUCUUGGUCAUUUUCUCUAAUGGCCCCAGCAACAUCCUACAUCCUGUUCCUCUCAAUCUUCUCAUUAGCGUUUGCACUGGAAGCAGCUCAACCAAGGCAGUCCAACAUAAGCUUGGAGACCUCCCUCCAUCCCACCAUCAACCCUACGUCAUGGCUCUCACCAACUGGACGUUUUGCCUUCGGAUUCUACCCAGAAGGUACCGGCUUCUCCAUUGGAAUAUGGCUCGUGGCAUCUCCUGAAAACACCACUGUGAUAUGGACAGCAGACCGAGAUGACCCACCGGUGACCAAAGAUGCUGCAUUAAAGCUAACCAAUGACGGGCUCGAGCUGCUCCUACCACAAUCUGAAGCGAGAGUCAUCUCCCAGAUUUCCGCAAACACCGAUGCUUUCUCUGCUUCCAUGCUCGAUUCUGGGAACUUUGUCAUCUACGACUCUAACUUUAAUGUCGUAUGGCAAACCUUUGAUCAUCCAACUGACACAAUCAUGGCAAAUCAGGUGCUGCUCGCUGGAAAUGAGCUCGUUUCCAGAAUAUCAGAAACCAACCACUCGAGUGGGAGGUUUCAGCUCAGCAUGCAGACUGAUGGGAACCUCGUUCUGUAUCCUGUGGCAUCCCAAGAUAAUCCAGAGGAUGCUUACUGGGCCUCCGGAACAAAUGGAAUGGGCUACCAAAGCUUACAUCUCGAUGACAACGGUAGGCUGUACCUGCUCAACAGCAACGGCACACACAAUCUAACGGGCGGUUUCUGGAACGGGACGGCACUAGAGUAUCGUGCAACGCUUGAUUUGGAUGGGAUCUUCCGGUUAUAUUCUCACGAUCUCGAGUCAAACGCAGAACAUGUUUUUGCUGAAUUCCCGAAAGUCGCAGAUCUGUGCAAGGUCAAGGGAACCUGUGGCGUGAACAGCUACUGCACUUCCGCAAAUGGACGGGCGGUAUGCUUGUGUCCGCCUGGUUUUGAUCAUCUCGAUACUAAGAGCACAUCGAGCGGAUGCAGUAGAAACAUCACGACCAUUGGUUGCUCCUUGAAUGAUGAUAACACGACAUACAUGUCCCCUCUGGAGAAUGUAACAUGGAUGAGCGAUUCCUAUACUGCAUCAUGGUCUGUGACAAGCAAGGAAGAAUGCAGUGAUGCAUGUUUGAAAGAUUGCAAUUGUGCUGCCGCUCUGCUUCAAGACGGUACGUGCAGCAAACAGGCGCUUCCGAUGAGGUAUGGGACAAUAGGCAGCACUGCCACAACAUUCAUCAAGCUGGUUAACCUGAGCGCUGGAGGAAGGCCCGAUAGCAGCCAUGGAGAUAGAGGCCCGGCUGCAGCUCCCGUUAUUGCUACAAAGCAGAAGUUUAGCGCCACGAUUUUAUUCGUGUCCGUGGCUAUUGUUGCUGGUAUAGUUUCCACCUUGGCUGCUUUUAUGUUCUUUUUUUACAGGUAUCGAGCUGGAAGAUACAGAAGGAUGGGGAGAAAUAGAGAGCCAGCUAUGGUGGACGGAAUAGCACCCAGAUCUUUUUCCUACCAUGAGCUGAGGGAAGCGACCCAGGGUUUCAAGGAGGAGCUGGGCAGGGGCGCCUUUGGAACUGUCUUUAAGGGGACCUUGCCUAGCGGUGAAAGAGCCAUUGCUGUGAAAAAACUUGAGAAGGUGGUGGAUGAGGGAGAAAGGGAGUUCCGAAGAGAGAUGAGGACAAUUGGAAGAACUCACCACAAGAACUUGGUAAGACUGCUCGGCUUCUGUGAUGAAGGUGCUAACAGGCUCCUAGUCUAUGAAUACAUGAGCAAUGGAUCGCUUGCAGACCUUAUCUUUAAGGCUGACAGGCACCCAGAUUGGGAUGAGCGCGUGAGGAUUGCGUUGGAUAUCGCUAGAGGGAUCCAUUAUCUGCAUGAGGACUGCGAAACCCGUAUCAUACAUUGCGACAUAAAACCUCAAAAUAUACUGAUGGAUGAAAAUUGGACAGCGAAGAUAUCAGAUUUUGGGUUAGCAAAGUUGUUGAUGCCGAGUCAGACAAGAACAUUCACAGGCAUUAGAGGGACAAGGGGGUACCUUGCACCAGAAUGGCACAAGAAUGCGCCGAUAUCGGUGAAGGCAGAUGUUUACAGCUUUGGCAUUGUAUUGCUCGAAAUUGUAUGCUGCAGGAGAAAUAUGGAAUUGGAAGCUGAAGCAGAUGCAAUUAUUCUUCUGGACUGGGUGCAUGACUGCUUUAUGAAUGGAGAGUUGGAGAAGCUUGUGCCUGAUGAAGUGGAUACGACAGAGUUGAAUAGGCUUGUGAAAGUGGGGCUCUGGUGCAUUCAGUCAGAACCAGGUUCUCGUCCUAGCAUGAAGAAUGUCGUGAUGAUGCUGGAAGGGAACGUCGGCAUACCCCUUCCCCCACCACCUGGAUUUAGUUCCUGACCUGCAAGUGCACCCAAGCCUGUCCAAAUUAAGUGUCCCCUGAUAGCUAUGGUGAUUUGUCCAUUCAAAAAAGACAGGUAUGGUGAUUUCUAUUUCGAAUAAAACAAGUUGCACUCUUUGCAUUUUUAUGCAAGUAUAUCUGUCAUUUUGUAUGUUUUUGAAUUUAUGGGAACCUAAUGAUGCAGUAUGCAAUCUUUGUAUUUCCAAUAACCAUUUUACUUUAUGUAAAAGAUGAGUAGUCGUUUGCAUGUAUAUCACCUUUCAAGCACUUUACAAUCUUAUUCUUUUCAUGGAAGAUUUUCUAAGACAGAGCAUGUGUGAAAUGUGAUUAUGCAAGGCCUCUCUUCAUUAUGAGACUCUCUGUAGUUUACCGAAAUUUUCAUUGUCGUCUCCUGAUCAGGAUCGUGUCCUGCGAGGCCCCAAUGGUAGAUCAUAGAUAACCACCAUUUUUCCUCAUCAAUUGAAGCCAUCCUCAAGUGAGAUGGGCUUUAGUACAUCAAUUAGUGCUCGAUAGAAACUCCUCCAUUGGGUUUUUUUUUAAUGGUUAUUCUCUUCUAGAGUUCCAGGUAGAAAAAUACCAAGCUGAAAAAUAUUACUCUAGGGACCUGGUGAGAGACUGCUUAGAUGCUUGACUACUUUGCUUUUUCUUAUCAAGAACACUAUCAUACCGCUAGCCUAGUAGUUUUAGAGACGAGUUUGAGAGACCUAGAAUGAAGUGGCACCUUUGUGUAGUGAAGUCAGUAUAGAAUAUUCCAUCUAGUUAGUGGACAUGGUAGGCACGAGGCUGCAGAGACUGGUGUUAGUAUGGCUGUAAAUGGCCUAUUCGUUCAACUUACAUGGACCUAAUUCAAGCCAAAUUGUUGGAUAAAUGGCUUCACAAUAAUCUUUAGCAGCUCCCGUGCUAACCAAAGUAGCUCAUGAUCAUUCAUCAAGGUGUUCAAAGCCUUGCCCUUCCCUAUAUGGAGGACACCUUAUGCAAAAAGAACAACAACAACAAAAAAAAAAUACAAACCCUUCGCUGCUGGUUAAAUGAGUAAAAACCAUGCAAGGGCAGAAUCCAUGGGCAUAUACAGGACAUGUCAUUGAUGCAGAUACACGUAAAAGAGUUGAUUAAGGGCCUGCCUGUAUGUCUAAAUAAAUUAUCGGCAAAACAUAUAGUCGUGGAAAAAGCUAAGUAGCUAGCAAUUUUUUCAAAAAGUUUUUAAAAUUUUUGAGAUUUCAUGAAACCUAUUAUUCCUAAAAAAAUAUCUUCUACAUAAAAAUAUUAUCCAAAAAUAAUGGGAUCGAAACUUUCAUUGGCUGCUCAUGAUCUUCGUUACUUAUUUCAUGCAACAACCUAAGACCUCACCCAAAAAGGCUAACUGGAUGGUAUUAUUUGGAUUUCUUGAUCUUAGUAUAAAUACCCAAGAUCUUCUCGGCGAAUAACCAACCUUCCAUUUUUAGCAAAAUAAAUAACCAAGCUUCCGUUCAAGCCCUAACGUCUACAUCAGGCUAAGAGUUCAAAUCCAUUCAAAUCUAAUCACAAGCACUGCGAUCGGCCCGUAGUCUGCCUCUAUGAACCCGUACUGCAAUAUCUUCUAGUCUACAUAGGCUAUGGGCCGAAUUCGCUCUGAUAUAAUUUGUAGCAAUCAAAGACCUCACCUAGAAAGGCUAGCUAGAAGGUAUUAUUUGAAUUCCUUGAUUUAAGUAUUCAAGAUUUUGUCGGCGAAUAACCGAUGUGGAACAAGAUUAGCAAAAAUAGAGCAAGUAUAGUUAUGUGAAGGUAUAUGUAACAUAAUUAUAGCUGGUUGGAUAAAAUGGAAAGGCUCAUCUAGAAUAUUAUGUGGUAGACAAAUACCUUGGAGAUUUAAGGAAAAAAUUUAUAUAACAACUGUAAGACCUGCUGUAUUAUAUGGCUCAAAGUAUUGGGCAAUAAGAAAGUACACAAAAACAAGUUGAAUGUAGUAGAAUGAGAAUGUUAAGAUGGACAUGAGGUAAAACUAGAAAGGGUCAAAUAAUUAGUAGAGUUGGAGGAGUUAGACAAAUUAAGGAUGGAAAAUAGUUUAAGAUGGUAUGAUCAUGAUCUGAAGAAACUCCAGUAAGAAGUACUUUGGUUUUUGUUGAAGGUGGUGGA